AUGAAUAUGUUGGAUGAUGAAGAUGACCAAAGCUUUCACGCUACGCGUGACGGCUACUCCCAUUUAAGCGAUGUCGAAUGGAAUGCGGUUGAACGAAUGGGUUCGACCAUGGGCAUCCAUGCUGUUAGCGUCAUGCUAGAGGCUCUCAAUAGAGAUGCCCAACAUGCUACUAUCGCCAAGUUCAUUCAAAAUGAACUUGACGCAGAACGCGAGAAAGUAGCCUUGCUUCACCAACAAGGUUCUCAACAAGCAGAGUUGUUGAGAGAACAGGGUGCUCAACAGUUUGAACUGUUGAGACAGCAGCAGGCUGCUGCUGGUGGGUCGAUGCACUCGCGUCGACCCGAAACCUUGAAGAUUGACAUCUCCAAGGCGCGUCGCAUCGACGACGGGGAUAUGCAAGUUGCAUUUGCCCAGUCAAAUCUGGCAGGACGUGCCAAGACUUGGGCACUGGGGCUCAAGUUGCACGACCCAUAUGCGUUUGGGUCGUUGGAAGUCUUCAAGUCGCGGCUCAGACAAACGUUUGAACCGCCUAGAGCUGAGUUCAGGGCUCGAACCGAACUCUUGAAGCUCAAGCAGGGUAAGCGUGAUGUACACGCUUACGCUCAACAUAUACGACAUCUCACGAGUUGUAUAAGUUCCAAUCCGGUGGAUGAACACACGUUGGUUUCGGUGUUCAUGCAGGGUCUUGCGGAUGGUCCCGUCAAGACUCACCUGUUCCGGCUUGAACUAGAUUCACUAGAACAAGCCAUUUCCAUUGCGGAGCAGGAAGACUUCAGUCUGAGACAGGCUCGCGCCAGCUCGACAUCAUAUCGUCAACCGAGACGAUAUGACAACGGAGGUCCAGAGCCGAUGGAACUCUGUUAUGUAGAGAGCGAGAAGGCUCGCUCUACAGGCUACAAGAAGUUGCAGAGAUGCAACAGAUGUCAAAAGACAGGACACUACGCUUACGAGUGUAGUGCCCCUCGUCCAGUGUCUCGCGACACUGGGCGUAGUGACCGUCCACCCAUGAGAAAGGGGCAGGGACGAGGGUCCGCAGUUGGUGCAAAGACGCAACAACGGGAUGGACCGUCAAAAAACGGACAGGAUCAGUAG